CCCUCUCCGCCCUCCAGGCCCACGCCCCCUGUGGGCGGGACCCCAGUCCGCUUAGCUUCUGCCGUGUGGGUGGUCGGAGCCAGCAGAGCCAACAGAGCAAGAAGGCAUCAUGGCAGCGCUCCGCAGAGGCUACAAGGUCCUGAGAAGUGUCUCUCAUUUUGAGUGUCGAGCACAACACACAAAAGCAUCUCUCAAGCAGGAGCUGGGACUAGGGUUUAGCUUCGAGUUGACGGAGCAGCAGAAAGAGUUUCAAACAAUUGCUCGGAAGUUUGCCAGAGAGGAAAUAAUCCCGGUCGCCCCAGACUAUGAUAAAAGCGGGGAAUACCCGUUCCCUCUCAUCAAGAGAGCCUGGGAACUUGGGUUGAUCAACACACACAUUCCGGAGAGUUGUGGUGGUCUUGGCCUGGGAACUUUUGAUGCGUGUUUAAUUACAGAAGAGUUGGCAUAUGGGUGUACAGGGGUGCAGACUGCUAUUGAAGCAAAUUCUUUGGGGCAAAUGCCUGUGAUUAUUGCUGGAAAUGAUCAACAGAAGAAGAAGUAUUUGGGGAGGAUGACGGAGCAGCCGAUGAUGUGUGCCUACUGCGUGACAGAGCCCUCAGCAGGCUCUGAUGUGGCGGGCAUUAAGACCAAAGCAGAGAAGAAGGGUGACGAAUACGUCAUCAAUGGCCAGAAGAUGUGGAUAACCAACGGGGGAAAGGCCAACUGGUAUUUUGUAUUGACGCGAUCUAACCCAGAUCCUAAAGUACCUGCUAGUAAAGCCUUCACGGGAUUCAUCGUGGAGGCCGACACCCCGGGAAUACACAUCGGAAAAAAGGAACUAAACAUGGGUCAGCGGUGCUCUGACACCAGAGGAAUCACCUUCGAAGAUGUCAGAGUGCCUAAGGAAAAUGUGUUAAUUGGUGAAGGAGCAGGUUUCAAGAUUGCGAUGGGGGCUUUUGAUAGAACCAGGCCGACGGUCGCAGCUGGUGCUGUCGGGCUAGCCCAGAGAGCCCUGGAUGAAGCUACUAAGUAUGCCCUGGACAGGAAAACAUUUGGAAAGCUGCUAGUGGAGCACCAAGGAGUUUCAUUUCUGCUCGCAGAAAUGGCGAUGAAAGUUGAACUGGCCAGACUCAGUUACCAGCGAGCAGCCUGGGAGGUUGACUCCGGCCGCCGGAACACGUACUUUGCCUCUAUUGCGAAGGCCUUUGCUGGAGAUAUUGCCAACCAGCUCGCUACCGAUGCUGUGCAGAUUUUUGGAGGCUAUGGAUUCAACACUGAGUACCCAGUAGAAAAGCUGAUGCGGGACGCCAAGAUCUAUCAGAUUUACGAAGGUACUGCACAAAUUCAGAGGCUGAUCAUAGCUCGUGAGCACAUUGAAAAGUAUAAAAAUUAACAGAAAUUACUAUGGAACGAUGCUUCGCCCUCAUGUAACUACGCUCAGAGCACUGUUGCUGCUUCAGGGGGAAAGGGCUUUACUGUCUUCCCACAGAAAUGAGAUAAAAGACGAGCGUCGCAGAUCUGUGCAAUGGGGUCCCAUGGCGGAGGGUGCCUCUGUUGAGCUCCACGGUGACCCUUUCUAGAUAGGUUUGGUUUUGGACAGUGAGUGGUCAGUCCUUGGCCCCGAAUUGUGUUAAUUUGCUCCUUGAUCACUUGAGAUGGAGAAAUACCCUGGAGUUCUAACGCUCAUUCAAGUGACAAGAAAGAUGUCCUGUCACGAAAGAACUCUGGAUUCUACACAGACACUGAGGAAUGCGGUGGAUCGGACCCAUCACACUGUGAAGAGAGAGCAUUUCUGUGCUGAGCUGUUUCAUAAUUUUGAUUAUAUUUCCCUUGUAUUGCAGAAGAGUAAAAAAGUUUAUAUGCAUUUUUUCCCAUUAUAAAACUAAAAACUUUCUGGAAAAUCUUAAUUCUGAACUGGCAUUUUAUUUGUCUUGAUUACAAUAAUUCAAUAAAGCUAGCCUUAACUUA